AUGUCCGGAUCACCAGCCAACACAUAUCGUGUUGGAGAUUUUGUGUACUUCGAUGAUCCAUCUGCUCCAGAUGCACCGUACCAGAUUCGAAGAAUCGAUGAGCUAAAUCGAACUUCAAGCGGUGUUGAAGCUCGUGCAGUUUGGUAUGCUCGUCGUCGAGAUAUUCCAUCGCAUCUUCUGAAAAUCGCCGAUCAAGCUCAAAGAAGAUUUGAUAAUUAUUAUGAGGUCGAUAAGAAAAAACCAGAAAACUUCAACUCUCGUGGAUUCGUGGUGGCUAAUGGCGGAGAAGUAAAAGCCGAAUCAGCGGAAGAUUCUGAGAUUAAAAAAGAAGAUGUCGAAGUUCCCACUGUAAAUGACAUUGAUGACAAAAAGGGGAACGAGGAAAAUGAAAAGACUCAAGAAAAUAACACACUAACUAUUAAAAAAGAUUCCGAAGAAAUUGAAUUGAAGAAGAAGAAGGUCGAGGAUGAAUCCACAAUGGUUAUCGACUGGGGAGACGGUGGUCUUCCAUUGGGAUCCGAGAAACUAUCCCCUGAAGAUCGUCUCAAAUUGAGACAACACGAGGUGUUCCUCACUAGACAAUCGGAAAUCAUGCCGGCGCACCAGAUUCGUGGAAAGUGUCGAGUCACACUUCUUGGUGAAGUUGAGGAAUGUGAUAAUUACCUUAAUGCUGAGGAAACAUUUUUCUAUUCGCUUGUAUGGGAUCCAGUCAACUUGACUCUUCUUGCUGACAAAGGCGCAAUUCGUGUCGGUGAUCGAUUCCAAGCUCGUGUCGAUGAUUAUGAUGAAAACUUGGAUAAAGGGGAAAACGGGGUUGAGAAAAUGGAAAAUGACGACGACGAUGACGACGAUGAUAAUCAGAAUGGUGCUCUUCAAAUCGACGAACAACCUGAUGAACCUAAAACGUCGACGUCGGUUUCCAAAUCUGAAGUGACAGAGGACGUCGUGAGAGAUGUGCAAGUAUAUCAUCCAUACCACGAUCUAACUGAACGAGAUAUUGAUCAAUUUUUGAUUAUCGCCAGAGCCGUUGGCACAUUUGCUCGUGCCAUAGAUUCAUCGUCUUCGACAAAGAUCCCAACUCUUCACAUGGCCGCAGCUUGUGCUUCUCGAGAUGUCACAGUGUUUCAUGCUAUGUCACUUCUGCAUCAUGCUAACUAUGAUGUUGGGAAAGCAGUUACUUUUCUAGUCCCAACAGCCAAUAAGGCUCACUAUCCGUUGGAGGUGGAUAAGACAUUGGGGAACCAGACACAAACUCUUGGAGGACCACUUCUCUGUCGUGAUCAGAUGGAAGAAUGGUCGACGCCUGAAGCGAAUUUGUUUGAAGAAGCACUCGAAAAAUGUGGAAAAGAUUUCAACGAUAUCAGAGCGGAUUAUCUUCCGUGGAAAUCGAUGAGAGAUAUCAUUGAGUAUUAUUAUCAAUAUAAAGCAUCUAAUCGCUACACCGAGAGAAAAAAAGCGAAACAGGCGGAAUCUGAGUCGAAACUCAAACAAGUUUACAUUCCAAGCUACAACAAAACAACGCCAAGUGUCAUUGGUACAUUUAAUGUUACCCAAAAUGUUUCGAAGAGCACCAUUCCGUGCGAGAACUGUAAAACUGACGAGUCGCAAAACUGGUACUCAUGGGGUGGAAAAUCACAUCUCAGAUUAUGCCAGACAUGCUGGUUUAAGUGGAAGAAGAAUGCUGGAUUGAAUAGGAAGCAUGAGCUCGAGAGAUUUGACAAGAACCGUCCACCAGUACCAGUUGCACCUGUCAUGAACGGAAAUGACCGCCAAACGUCGACGCCGAAGCCAAUAAAUCAGAACGUUGCUGUGAAUCCGCUUAAACCAAAUCUAGGAAAUGCGCAGCGACCAACAACAUUCAACAAUCAGGCGUUGUAUCAGGCGGCGAAAGCAGCUGCCGCUAAAGGGCAGAUCACUCAGGCUCAGCUCAUUCAGUUGCAGCAGAAUCUAGGAAUCACUGUUCCAGUGGUUGCAAAGCCAGCUUCAAAGCCGAAUAUUGUGUACUACACGACGAUUUGUCGACGCGUGUUGAGACGCAUUCAACCGAAGAGUGCGUUGAAUCCGCGACGUUUGGCUAGAAAACCAUUCUCGAACAUUGAUCAUGAGGCUAUUCUUAAGACCGUUGUUAUUGCCGAUCGCAAUACAAUCUGGCAAACGGCGCGCAGUCUUGCUGGUCAAAAAUCUUUCAAACUCAACGAGACCGAAUUCCACAAAGGAAUUAUUCAUCUGCAACACGCGAUGAGUGCGGCCGCGGCAGCUGGAAAACGACCCUCAAGUAACACUCCAGUCGUUGGCGAGCCAAUGCCAAAACUGCAGAAGCCCUCGCCUGAAACGAUCAAAAGUCUUGAAAUCGUUGGCAACACGUUACUCGCUGUGAAUCGAGCAUGCGCACGUGGAAGUCCGUACGUUCAUCAGCCCGCGAUGGCGGGCUCACCGUCGGGCUUUGCACCACUGAAGACGGAAUCGACAGUGAGACGUCGGCGACCGGAUUCACGUUAUUUGGAUGUCAAACAGCAUGGCGUGAGAUAUAUUUGCGGCCCAAGGCUAAAGUAA